AUGGAGUCGAAAAAACAUAUUUAUUUGUUUCUAAUAAUCAGCUUAACUUCAAUAGUCUCAGCACAGAGGACACCAACCAUCUCGCACAUAACUCAGGAACAGAUAAGAGAUAUUGGUGGACAAGUGGACUUGGAUUGCUCUGUGCAUUAUGCUUCAGACUUUCCAGUUAUUUGGGUGAAGUACGACCGAUUGAGGACAUUAGAGUCCAUCCCCCUGUCCAGUAACGCUGGUCUGAUCAUCAAAGACUCCAGAUUUUCUCUUCGGUUUGAUGAUGCCACUGCUACUUACACACUAUCAAUUAAAGAUAUUCAAGAAAACGAUGCCGGCUGGUACCAGUGUCAAGUAUUGUUGUCCAUUAGCAACAAGAUCACCGCUGAAGUGCAGCUCCAGGUCCGUCGGCCACCCAUCAUCUCGGAUAACUCGACGAGGUCUCUUGUUGCGAGCGAGGGAGAGAGUGUGCAAAUGGAUUGCUACGCCGGUGGAUUCCCAUCGCCGAAGAUUUCGUGGCGUCGUGAGAAUAACGCCAUUUUACCCACCGGUGGCUCCAUCUAUAGAGGCAACACCUUGAAGAUAAACCAAGUCCACAAGGAAGACCGCGGCACGUACUACUGCGUGGCUGAAAACGGCGUGGGCAAAGGCGCCAGACGUAAUAUCAACUUGGAGGUGGAGUUUGCUCCUGUAGUUACUGUUCCCAGGCCUCGAUUAGCUCAGGCUCUGCAAUAUGAUAUGGACUUGGAGUGUCACGUGGAAGCCUACCCCCCUCCUGCUAUCACAUGGCUAAAGGAUGAAGUGCAGCUCUCAAACAAUCAGCAUUACCGGAUCUCCCACUUUGCGACGGCCGAUGAGUUCACAGACACCACAAUCAGGGUCAUCACGAUUGAGAAACGUCAGUACGGUACCUUCAAGUGUAAGGCUCAGAAUAAAUUGGGCACCGAUGAGGGUCAAGUUGAACUGGUCGAGUCGAUAAUCCCGGUGUGCCCGCCCGCGUGCGGCACGGCUCACUACGGCGGCGCGUACAGCCCCGCGCCCUCCGCCCCCUCCCUCGCCGCGCUCGCCGCCCUCUACCUCGCCUACGCGCUCAGGAGAGUCGCCAAUGCCAGACAUUAA